UACCGGGACGUGAGUCCCUACGAUCACAGCCGAGUCCACUUGAUGGCGGCCAUGCCGGCUAUGGGAGGAGGCUACCACCCCGGACUGGGCUUGGCUUUAGCAGCGGGUGGAGGUUCCUCCUCUUCCUCCUCGGCCUCCUCGAGCCUGGGAGACCGAGGGGGAGGCGGGGACGAGAACAACGACUACAUCAACGCCAACUUCGUGGUGGUAGAAGAGGCCCAGCGGAGAUACAUCCUGACGCAGGGGCCCCUGCCCAACACCUCCGGCCACUUCUGGCUCAUGGUGUGGCAGCAGAACAGCAGGGGCGUGAUCAUGCUCAACCGGCUGGUGGAGAAAGAGACCGUCAAGUGCUCCCAAUACUGGCCCCCUUGUCAGGGCCAGGUCAUACUCUUUGAAGAGGUGGGCAUCAGUGUGCAAAUGCUGGGGGAAGAAGUGAAGCCCUACUACGAAGUCCACUACCUGAGGCUGGAGAACAUGAUGACCGGGGAGUCUAAAACCGUCUCCCAUUUCCACUACACCAGCUGGCCGGACUUCGGGGUGCCGGAGUCACCCGCCUCUUUCCUUGCUUUUCUUUUCAUGGUGAGGGAGUCCGGCUCCCUUAACGACGAGCAGGGCACUGUGGUCAUUCACUGCAGCGCGGGCAUCGGUCGCUCAGGCACCUUUGCUCUGAUUGACAGCUGCCUGAUCCUUUUGGAGAAGAGAGAGAACCGCUUUUCUCUGAACAUCAGACAAGCCUUGGUGAACCUGAGAAAGUACCGGAUGGGACUUAUUCAGACCCCAGAACAGCUGAGAUUCUCCUAUGUAGCUAUCGUGGAAGGGGCAAAGUACCUCAUGGGAGAUCAAAGCGUUAGGAAAAAGUGGAAAGCACUUACUCAAGAAGACCAUUCUCGCAGUUAUAGCUUUGAUAGUUCUCCACCUCCAAGCGGAAUAACUAAAAAGUGCAAAGCUCUGAAGCUGGUUCUAGAUGAAGAAGAAGAAACCUCCGACUCCGACUCCGACUCCGACUCCGACUCGGACGACCUAGAUGACGACGACUCAGAUUAUUCCGAUCUAGCCACCAGAAUGCCAGACUCCGGAGAAGAGAGCUGUGAACCUUCUACCCGCAAACGGAGUCGAGAGGAAAGCAAAGGCGAUUCCAGUCAAGAGGAGGGUCACAAAAAGGACAAGAAGUCCAAGGUCCCAUCUAAAAGAAAAAGGCCCAAUCCACCAGACCUGUGAAUAAUUGAGGCAUCCAAAAGACGGCCUCAAACCUCUUCCAUCAAAGGGAAGAAAAGGCCUCAAAGAUACCUGUUGCAACAUGACCUGUACACAUGCACACAAAAGAGCCCCACGGGGCGGAACCUUUGUUAAUGUUAAGUGUUGUAGAGGUU